AUGGAGACCCCAAACCAACGUGAACUAAUUAUCGGCAUUGAUUUCGGUAGCACCUAUACAGGCAUUGGAUGGAGUGUACUCGAAAACGAGCAUAUAUUCACAGUUCAGGAAUGGCCAACACGUGGUGAGAGCGAAGGAUCGAUGAUUUCCCCUAAAGUACCCACGAGGCUGAGGUAUCUGGACGGCGGUGAAUUCGAAUGGGGCUAUCAGAUUCCUAAUGACGCUCUGCCAUGGGAAAUUAUGUCGCUAUUUAAGAGGGGACUUGAACCUGGAUCUCUCGUCUUUAGGGAUGUCGACCAGAAUAUUACUGACUACCUCUCGCGAAUCUUUGCAUCCUUUAUAAAGGCUGUGCCAAUACAUAUAGGUAUCGACAUCUACAGUGGAAGGGCUGUAUGUUUUGCUUUGACUGUGCCGACGAUCUGGAGCGAACAAAGGAAACAAAGAAUUAUUCAGGCAUUCGAGAGGAUUCCGAACCUUCCACGAGGUCAUUCAACCACUCUUCUCUCGGAGUCCGAGGCGGCUGCCACUGCCGCUCUUCGAGAUCUCGCUCAGAAUGACUUAGGCGUCAAUGACUCUUUUGUACUUGUCGAUGCUGGCGGUGAUACCGUAGACCUUAUUACAUAUACCAUCACUUCCCUCACCCCUACACUCGAGAUUGCCGAGACGACUGAGGGGACCAGUGACUUCUGCGGCUCAUCACGACUAAAUGACCGAUUUAUUAACUUCCUUGCAUCGGGAUUUCAUAAUGAAGAACACUGGGACGAUCACGUAUUACGCGAAGCUGUCGAAUGCUUUGACAAGAAGAUAAAACGUAUGUUCGAUAUGAGCUCCCUAGCGCUGAACAGAGAAUAUAUCGUACCUGUUCGCGGAUUGAACGUCAAUCCAGGCCUGGGAGUACAUAAUCCGGGUCGUCUGUCGCUCAUGGCCGACCAAAUACACCUAAUCUUCGAACCCGACAUAAUAAGAAUCAUUCAGCUAGUCAAAGAUCAAAUAGCUAUGGCCGCUGUACCUAUUAAGAAGAUUAUCUUGGUUGGCGGCUACGGCUCGUCUAUGUACCUCAGAGAGAGACUGCAAAUUGCAAUUCGGGAGGACUCAUCUAUCACGAAUGAUAUCGAAAUUCUACAGCCUCCAAACGGAUGGGUCUCAGUUGUCAGGGGUGCAAUAAUGAAAGAAAUAUCCCUGGCCAAGUCCUCUUCCUCGGAUAUCGAAACCUAUCCCGUUGAGUCCUUCUGA